CCUCCCGCGCCUGCCUCCCUGCCCUGCCCCUCUCCUCCCGCCUCGCCGCCACCUCCUCUCCCCUCCCGCGCCCGCCUUCCUGCCCUGCCACCGGCGCCGCCGCCGCCGCUCUCCCGGGUAGGCCCGUGGCUGGAUGAGACGAGGGAGGGAGCCUAUCUCGCCUCUUCGUCCUCCCAUUCGCCACACCCAUCUUCCCCACACUCGCCGCCGCCACCACCCUUCGUCCCUCGUGCUCCGCCUCCUCCCCUCCCGUCCCCUCCCGUCGCUUCGUCCCUGGUGCUCCGCCUCCUCCCAUCCCCUCCCGUUGCCCGAAUCACCCUGAGGAAUGACGGGGCAAGAAUAGAGAUGGCGACGGCGGCCGGAUCCGAAGAUGGCGGGGCAGCGACCACUCCCGUGAGGCCCGACGGCGAGCAGCUCCUCCUACUGAGCGCCGAGGGGGUGGGGAGAAGCACUGUACCCUCCUCCCCCGACGACCCGGCCCCCAAACCACUCCACUACGGCGUCCCGACCCGCGCCUCGACGCCCUUCUCGGCGCCUACACCUGGUUCUCCGUCCAACUCCAUGGCUGGCAGCAAGGGGCUGCCCGACGUGGUGCUCGGUGAGGUCGAGGACGCCGCGUACUGCCUUCCACCUCGCGUCUACCCCGCCACCACCCACUGGCAAGAGGCCCCAGCCACUCCUCUUGAUCUCCACCACGUUGCCGUCACCGGGAGGAGGUGCUCAUUGCCUUCGGGAACCACCACGGCCAACGGAUCUAUUGCUGCGUUCGUCAAUCUGUUGGUCCGCUGUCUAUAGGUGCUUGUUGUUCUGCCCAGUUCGUCGUGUUCGGUCUUCGGCUACCUCUUUGCAGGACGGCCUGCCACCUCUCUUACUGUCUAGGUCACCGCGACGCUCAGUGGUGCCAAGCUCUAGUUGGGGAUGGUAGUCCGUGGGCAAGGCAGGGCAUCAAUGCCGUCGACCCCUCCGCCCCACGCCACGUGAGAGAGUACCUCGCCUGGAUCCGGAGGUGAAGUUACAGUGAACUCAUGUAGUCAAGGUACGAACCCUACCCCUCUCCCUCCCGACGGAGCUCUCCUCACGCCUUUUGUGUUUCCCUUGCUCGGACAUCGCUUGAUUUUUGGAGCAUCAAGGAACUUGUGUGAUUCUUGGCAGAGACCUAAGUCUGUAAGGAAUAUCAGUGAUGAUGAUUUCUCUUGCCUUAUGUAAAUAUAUUCAGUUAGUUCAUCUGAGACCAUUACAAUUUG